UGUUCAGUUUUACUCAUCCUCUCAUCAGACUGUGACUGUGAUUGAGAGUGAUCAUGGAGCUUUAUCUUAUUGCUCUACCGAUUGUAUUAUUGGCCCUGUUAGUGAUCGGGGUCAUAUUGUACAUCUGCAUUAAAAAGAAAUAUAAAGCUACAGAAGAUGGCAACUUGACGGAAGUUGUUAUAGAGACACCAAAGAAUAAAAAACAAUCUGCAGAAGAUGACUUGAAGGAAGUUGUAGUAGAAACACCAAACAAGGAAAACCAACCUGCAGAAGACCAACCUGCAGAAGACCAACCUGCAGAAGACCAGAACAUAGAAGUUCUCGUUGAGAAACCAGCAGACAACCAGAAGGACAGCGCCUCCGAAAAAUGUGUCAGCAAAGAUGACUUCAUCUUUCAUAAGGUACUCGGGAAAGGCGGCUAUGGGACGGUUGUUUUAUCUCAACUGAAAGGCAAAAAUGAGUUUUUUGCUAUAAAGGCCCUGAAGAAGAGAAGGGUUAAAAAGAAGGAGGCUCCAAUGAUAGAGAAACGUAUUCUUGCGUUGGCCUGGGAACACCCCUUUCUCACUCGCCUAUAUUGCAGUUUUCAGACCAAGAAACAUCUAUUUUUUGUGAUGGAACUGCUGAAUGGCGGAGACCUGCUCGGUCACCUGAAUGACCAGAGAAGAUUUGAUCUUCCCAGGGCUACUUUCUAUGCAGCUGAAAUAUCAUCUGGCCUACAGUUUUUGCAUUCCAAGAACAUCAUUCAUGGGGAUCUGAAAUUGCAGAACGUAAUGUUAGAUAAGGACGGCCACAUCAAAAUCACAGAUUUUGGACUGAGCAUAGAGAACAUUUCCAACGGUAGAAAAGCCAACUCAUUCGGUGGGACUCCAGUGUACAAGGCUCCAGAGAUGGUGCUGAAGCAAAGCUACACUUUUACUGUGGACUGGUGGGCCUUCGGCGUUCUUCUCUACACUAUGCUGAUAGGAGAGCUGCCAUUCCUUGGGCGUAACAAACGUGAGACCUAUAAUUUGAUUAAAGAACAUACGCCCAACUAUCCAAGCUGGAUAACUGAGGAAUCAAGGGACAUCCUACAACAGCUGCUGGAGAAAGAUCCAACCAAAAGAUUGGGUGUGGCAGACAAUAUCAGGCGUCAUCCCUUUUUUAAUACCAUUAACUGGACGGCGCUAGAGAGGAGAGAAGUGGAGCCUCCUUACAAGCCAAAAGUGCAAUCUCCAAGUGAAAUCAGAAGUUUUGAUCAGAAGGAUCUCAACAAGAAUGAUCUCAUCUCCUGCAAUGAAGACCAAGUGGAUUCAACGAACAACACAGAAUUCUGCGGGUUCUCUUUUAUCCACCCAGAAAUGCAGGAAAUUCUUGACAGCUGAGAUAGAUGCACAGACUGGGAGAACCACUGAAAAAUUGUCUAUAACAGAAAAUACCGGACAUGACUUAUCGGAUGUGACUUUAUUACCUGAUAUGACUUAUUAACCGGAUGUGACUAAUUAAUCGGAUGUGACUUUAUUACUGGAUAUGACUUAUUAACCGGAUGUGACUAAUUAAUCGAAUGUGACUUUAUUACCGAAUAUGACUUAAACCUGAAAAUAAAAAAAAAAUAACAAA